AUGCCUUUGACGGUGCUGAUUCACAAUUAUGAGAAUUGCGAAUCCCUCGACUUCCUCACCAUGUCUAACCAUACGAAAGGCCGUGCUUUCCUUGCAGCAUGCGCACUAUUCUCCAUGCUUCUCCCAGCUGCUACAGCCAACAAUAUUGACGGCCUCUACUGCCCCUCCCCACCGCAACUCCCCACCAAUCUGACAAACACUACCAUCUCCGGCCUCCCACCCAGCUUCUUCCCAUCAGCCACAGGCGCAACGUCCCAGAACCCCGUUUUCCUUGAGGAGAUCCGCUACACCCUGAACCUCUACCCUAUAAUUAUCGAUGGCAAAGCCUUCUCUGCCCUCGAUCAAGUCUUCACCGCCACUGCGGUAGCCAACUACUCAUCUCCACUGAACGUCUUGACGCCGCUUUCGACUAUCAAGACAACACUCGCAGCAAGUCUAGCGCCAGUCAAUACACAGCAUAGUCUCACUACCCAAUUCAUUGAGAUCUCUCCCGGCGCAUGUACAGCGAGGAGCGUGAGCUACUACACUGCCGCACACUUUGGAGUAGGGAUCUACGAAGGAGAAGUGCUGUAUGCGUAA